UUUUAUGCGCACUGCUGUCAUACGUUACCAUUAAAUGAACGAGUUAUUCUACAUUCUUAUGACGUCAUCUUCAACGACAACAUGGCGGAGGCUGCCAUUGAAAGGCAAUCCGAGACGAGCAAAUUUUACUGCCAUAGCUGCUCAGAAGAAAUAAACCCAAAACCAGAUUUUACGUGUCCCAAAUGUGAAAAUGGAUUUAUAGAAGAACUAACUGAAGAUUUAGCUGAGACCCCCAGUCCCCAACCAGCUCAACAGCUUGAUCCUGCUGCCCAGUUUACAGAACUAUGGGGAAGAGCCUUUUUAGAAAGUUUUGAAAAUCACUCUGGAUCUGGUUCCUCAAACGCCACACAGAAUGGAGUGGAGUCCGAGUCUGAAGAGGAAGAAGGGCGACCGAGGACGCGUGGCCAUGGCCUGAGACCACUGACCCGGAUAUCUGUCAGAACAGGGGCGGGGAGGAACCGACCAAUGAGUCAACCACAAUAUUUACAUGGGCUUUUGCAGUUAUUUGUUGAUAGAUUAACUGGGGAAAUGGGACAACCCAUGAACUUUAUGACACUUCAUGGGAACCCUGCUGAUUAUGCUUGGGGUGUAGGAGGUCUCGACAACAUUAUAACACAGUUGCUUAAUCAAUUAGAGGGAUCUGGGCCAGCACCAGCUGAAAAGAGUAAAAUAGAUUCAUUACCAAAUGUUAAAGUAACCCAGCCUCAAGUUGAUAACAUUUUACAAUGUUCAAUAUGUAUGGAAGAUUUUGAGUUACAUGAAAACGUGAAAAAAUUACCAUGUGAACACCAUUAUCACAAGGUGUGCAUUGUCACCUGGCUAGAAAUGCAUGGAACCUGUCCUGUGUGUCGAAUUGACCUAAAUGGUGUUGAUAAUUCUCUAAAAAAUGACGACAAUUUACUCUCAGAGUUGGAGAACAUUCAGAAUGACCAGCCCGAACCACCAGAGUGAUGGCAAAUUGUGUUAAACAUUUUACUUCAAAUAAACUGUGAUUAUUAUUUGUCAUGUAACAAUUAACAGAAAGUACUGAUAAUUGACUGUAAGGGCAGAGUGGGUGUGAUGGGCGACAGUGAGGGGCCACCAGUCUCGGGGGGCACCAGCUACCACGGACUGGGGAUGGAUUGGGAGGUAGAUAGAUUGGAAGAGAAUGCAAGGCGGAGUGUCUUCAGUAUGGUUGAUUGUGAAGGGUGCAGGAAUGAGAUAUGAUUGUUGAGUGGCUGAUGACAUGUCUUUACUAGUUAACAUUAUACAAGGUUGACUUUGUUGUCUGUAUGAUCUAAAUGAAUUUAUUAUUCCGAAGGAUUGCUGAGGUACCGGUAAGGUAGUAGAUUUGCUAAAAUAAUUUUAAUGCAUUUUUUAAACUGUGUGCUUAGGGAAGAGACCAGGUACAUUUACAAACCUCAUCCCUUUUGUAGCAAGGUUUAUUUUAAGGGUGUUUUAAUACUAUGGUGUACUAGUUUCAAUUGUGGAAGGUACAGACAUUAUCACAUAGCUAAUACCGGUAAUAUAGCCACCAAUAUACAUGUAUCACAGGAAAGAGUUGUGUAAGUUUACAAGAUCUUUUCUAAGAUUUGAUAAGAAAACUAUGUCCUUGACUUUCAGCUGGAGCUUUGUCAAGGUAACAGUAGUUAUAAAAAUACACUACCCUUACUUAUCUUUGUGAGUUGGACUUAACAGUAUUUUUGUGCUAUUCGAACAUGAAUGUUGCAAGUAGAAUGAGAGAGACUAACAUAUUUAGAUACAUGUGUCUGUAAUAUGUUCAGCUCAUUGGCCAUAAUUGUAACAAUAGCCUCUUUUAUAAGUGAGUUCUAUUCCUUUAUUCUGUGAUUCAUGUAAAAUUGCUUAGUUUAAAUACCGUUUAUAUAAAGCAUGGUUUUAUUAGUCAUAAAAUCCUCAAGAUGGUAAAUUUAAGUGGAAUCUUCUUCCAGAGCAAUUGAUAGUCUGUUUCAUGCCAUGUUUAGUGUUGUUUUGUAAUAUCAAAACUGAUGAUUUAGUUGCUUAUGAAGUGUAAUUUGCCAGGGCUCCUCCAUAGAAAACACCUGGGGUUUUUUUUUCAGCGUGAUGCUGAACAAGAAUUGAAGAUGGUGAUUCUCUUUGUAUGAUUUCAUUUUGAUAUAAUUAUUCCUACAGUGUGUUGCGUACUGCAAGUUAGCUUAUAUUGAUAUAUCUGGCAUGAGAAAUUUUAUUUCAAGUUAAAAAUAUCCUGAAAGUAUUAUUUAAUGAAAUAACCAGUGGCCCUGUUUGCAAUCUGGGCUUUUACAAUUUGUUUAAUUAAUUUGUACUUUUCUUCAAUUUCAUGUCCGGAUAUUUUCUCCUGGAAUAGAGUGUUUCACAUGCAAUGUUUAUAAUUCAUAAAUGACAGCCAUGUUUAAUGUACACAAAUGUACCAAAAGGAUAUUCAUUGAAUGAAUAAACUCUUGAAAAUGCA